AUGAAGAGCGCGCGGCGCGACUUGGAGGCACGCCGCGCGCAGCCCCUCGGGGAAAUUAAAAAUUCCUGCGCCGGCCGCCAUCUCCCGAACGCCGCGCAAGAACAAGAGAAGGCGGAGGGGAAGAGAGGGAGAAAAGAAGAAAAGGAUGGGACCUUCAAGGGUUGGAAUCUACGAAUUCAGAGAGACUUGGAGGCUUAA